GUUGAACAACAAUAUUUGACGAAGCAGCCAUGUUUGCAGACUUUGGAUUCCCGAGCCCCUGUGUAGAGGCGCUCCUCCAAAAUUUCAGAAAAUUGUUCUAGAAGGCCAUGCAGCGUUCGGUCCUUGCGGUGUUGGCUUUGCUGCUUUGUCCCCAUGAGACACACGGUGCCAGAGACGAGCUCCCCAGCUGCAAGCCGCUGACGACCUCCUACUGCCAAAAUGUGGGCUACAGCACCAGCCGUCACCCUGGUGGAGUCCAAGGCUUCAACCUGCAGCAGUUGAGUCAGGUCGUGGAGACGGCCUGCUCGCCCCAAGUGGCAGUACUUGUGUGUCGCCUGGCAUUCCCAGAAUGUGGCAGCAGCGCAGAAGACGACGCCCGCAUGAAGCCGUGCCGAGCUUUCUGCGAGACGGUCAAGUCCGAGUGUGAGGCCACCCUUAAAGCCAAGCGCCUGACCUGGCCCAGCAAGCUGCAGUGUAACACUCUACCCGAGUCCAACUGUGUGCUUCAAUCUGAUACAAGCCCAACAUGUCAGAGUAUCACAGUCCCUUUGUGUAAAGACCUCCCGUACACCCAGACUAUCAUGCCAAACUCUCUGGGCCAUAGGAGCCAGGAGGACGCGGGCCUGGAAGUGCACCAGUUCUUUCCACUGGUCAAAGUUCAGUGCUCGCCUCAGCUGAAACCCUUCCUGUGCUCCGUCUACGUUCCGGAGUGCAUGGCCGGAAAGCCCCGGGCCCCUUGCAGAACUCAGUGUGAAGAGGCUCGGUCCGGCUGUGAGUCGCUGAUGAAGCAGUACGGUUUCCAGUGGCCAAACAGUCUCAGGUGUGAAGAUUUUUCAACAUAUUCAUGUGAGCAGGAUCAUGAUUCAGCAGAAUCGUGUCAGAGCAUCACACUACCUUUUUGCAAAGAUCUCCCUUACACUGAAACCAUCAUGCCCAACGUUCUGGGCCACAAGACUCAGGUGGAGGCCGGCCUCUACUUGAAUACCUUCUAUGCGCUGCUCCACACAGACUGCUCCCCUCACCUGAAGUCUUUCCUGUGCUCCGUCUUCACUCCCGAGUGUGUGGCGGGAAAAGCCAGGCCUCCCUGCAGAACUUUGUGUGAACAGGCCCGGUCAAGCUGCGAGCCUGUGCUGAAGCAGUUUGGGUUAAGUUGGCCGAAAGCGCUCGGAUGUGAUGACUUUACCACGGCAUCAUGCCAGCACUACGCCGUGGCCAGCGGUGGCACCUGUGAGCCCCUCACCAUUCAAAUGUGUCAGGGUCUGUCCUACAACCAAACCAUCACACCCAACCUGCUGGGCCACACCAGCCAGCGAGAGGCCGCCCUCAAGAUGUCUUUCUUCAACGUGAUCAUACAAGACGCAUGCUCAGCCGACAUCCGCCCCUUCUUGUGUAUGGCCUACGCCCCCCAGUGCGUAGCAGGCCAAAUGAGGCGGCCCUGCAAGUCGUUCUGUAAAAAGGCCCAGAAGAGCUGCGAGGGUCCGAUGAGCCGUUAUGGGAUCUCCUGGCCGGCCGAGCUGAACUGCGAAGCGUUCCCUCAGGACACGUGCAUCACUGACGAAAGCAGUCCAGAGAUGCUGAAAGCUGACGGUGUUCUGGCCAAGCUACAGGCUGGAGGGUACUCUGUUCGUGGCAAAUUGCUGAGUCUCAGGACGGCCCGCCUGCUGGUGAAACUCGCUGAUGCAGACAAAUCUGGAGACCUGAAUGUGGUGGAAUUCUUCAAAUUGGAGCAUUAUGUGGCUAUCAUCAGGAGAGAAUAUGUGGAAAGCUACGAGAGGGAGACGCCACCUUCUGUCACGCAAGCUCAAAUGAGAAAGGCUCUGACUGCAUGGGAAUUUGACCUGGAUAAGGAAACCUUUGAGACGCUGUGGCUGGAAUACAGCAGCCAAAACAAGAUCGAGUAUGAUGAGUUCGUCACUUUGCUGACGAAACUUCAGAUCCUCAAAGAUCGCUUCCGGUCUCACCUCCUCAGUUUGCCAUGUGACUGCCAAGUGGCCAGCUUCUCCUUCAAACAGUUCAUCAAGUCUGCUGUCGUGUGAGGACCAAACAGGAUAUCAUGAAAAGACGUGUGAGGACCAAACUUUAUUAGCACCUUUCCUCUUAUUUCUUUUUAUCUCUCUUACACAAUUAAAUGAGUAUACAGUAUAUAGUGAAUAGGAUAAACGUGGUGUGUAAAUUGAUAAAAUAUAGUAGUAUAUGUAAGUGCUACGGUUAGCUCAGUGACUUGUAUGAAAAUGUUACCUGGAAUGACACAAAUAUUCCUGACACAGUGGAAACCCUGACGUUAAACACAUGCUGGUUGGCCUCCUUUUUGUUUGGAUUUAGAAACUUUGUUUUCUCUCGAAUUAAUCCGUUCCAGGGUCAAACAGUCACCAUCAUUAAAUCUGUAUUAACUAUUGUAGCAAUUUAACUUGGAUAACUGUAAAGUGUGAAAAGAAGUUAACAGCUGAAUAAAGAACAAUUAAAGAAAAAUGACAUGCUGCCCUAA